AGAUAUAAUGUUUUAAAAGGGAAAACAUUUUAUACCAACAAAAGGGAAUUCACCUAUCAUAUGAAAACAUAUCAUGCCGACUAUAUAUCAUCAUUCCAAUUCAAAAAACUAUCAAAAGUUGUAAAGGAAGAUGAACCACAACCAUCAACAUCCAACAUUUCCCUAAAUGAUGAAUUGGAAAUAAUUCCAUCAACAUCAACACUAACAACAACAAUCACACCUGUUGAUGAAGAUAUUACAGGAGCUAUAGGCCAAGAUCAUCUCAAUGAUUAUAAUGAAUUUAUGAUGAUGAAUAAUGAACAAGAACGAGAACAAGAAGAAUCUGAUGUUGAUGAUGAUGAAAAUAUGAUGAUGAAUAAUGAACAAGAACCAGAAGAAGAAUCUGAUGGUGAUGAUAGUGAAAAUAUUGAAAUACCAGAUUUCUUCUUGAAUCCUAAAAAUUUGAAAGGUAAAAUAAAAUGCUCUCUUCAUUUUUUUAGUGCUGAUUUAAUAUGCAUAGAUUAUGAAGAAGAAGUCGGCGGAAACAAAAGCGAAAAUGAAGCUCUUUUUAUGAAUAGUUUAAUGGCUUCAGAAUUAAAAACAUUUUAUUAUGAUUUUUUUAUUGGAUAUAAACUCAAUGCGAUAUCAAGAAAACAUCAACAUGCAGUCUAUCAUAAAAUUGGUGCCAAUGAUUAUCAAACAUUGUUUGGAUGUUUUGCCAAAUGAUAUCAAAGAUUAUUCAUCAUAUCACAAUUACUCAACGAAACUUCCUGCAAUUUUGAUCAAUUAAAAUAUACAUAGCA